AUGGCUUUUGUUCCGAACUCACAUUGUUUAAACCAGAUCAUACCAAAGCUAUCAAAAGAAACAGUGACAGACGUUAUUGCAGACGAAUACUUUGUAGAAACAGAACAAUUUAAUGCUGCAAAAGAAAAGCUUCUACAAAACAGAAUAAUUGUUCUGAAUGGGGCACCAGGAGAAGGAAAAACAACAGUUGCAAAGAAACUUCUUCUUAAAGUGUCAACAAAUCAAAGGUAUAUACAACUGCAUUCAUAUGCAGAAUGGGAAACUGUAAACAUAGAGGGUGUAGAUGCAAUUUUAAUUGAUGAUAUGUUUGGGGCUGGGUCCUUCAGUAAGGAAGAGUAUAGAAAAUGGCUUAAAUACAUUCCAGCUGUUGCAAUUGCUGUUAAAAACAAACGCUUGUAUGUGAUUAUCACAUCUCGGAAGUAUAUUCUUUCAGAAGCAUUGGAGAAAAUGUUUGUCCAAAGCAUUUUCUCAGAAGAAAAUAUUUUCACCCUUUCUUCCGAAAAGCUGAAAGAGUCUGAAAAACAAGAUAUUUUAGAAAAACAUUUUUGUAAAGCAUCUGAAGAAAACCAUCACAUUCGCGAAGCUUGUUUAAAGAAAGAACACUCAGAAACUAUUAAAGAGAUUGUACAACUGAAAUUAGGCGGACCCGAACUAGGCGGCCUGUCUAUUGGAUUCCCCGAAUGCACCAGGCUAUUCUCUAGCAGUGUUUCAUUGUAUGAGAAAGGUAUUAAGUUUUACAAAGAUCCAAUGACAUGUGUUAAGUCAUACAUGUCAGAGCUUCUCGCAGACGAUGACACACUGAUAGCAUUUUUUGUAUUAUGGGCGCAAGAAUCCAAAAUCCUUACAUCUCUGGAACUCGAAUGUCCUAUCGAUGAAACAGAAGGAAAUAUAAUUGCGCCUAUAAGAAAGUUACAAUUCCAACCUGAAAAACAUAUCAGAAAGAUACGACGCAUUUUACGGCAACAUCGCGGCGGAUUCAUUAACCUUGACGGUAAGAAUGAAUCUUUUACUUUCAGCCAUCGCGUUGUUCAAGAUGCUGUUGGACUUGUUACGUAUGAAAUAAAUCCAACAGCUGUAAUUGAACAUAGUGAUUCCUCUUUCAUAGAGAAUUUUAUUCGUGUAGGUGAAGACCAUUUUGAUUCUGUCCACUCCUGUAAUAUGGCUCAGCUGAAAUUAAACGUUAGUCCAGCAAGGUAUUUACAGAUAAGCUGUAAAUUAGGGUCCUUUAUAAUCCCACCCGAUUCCGAGACAUUAAAAGAUCCUUCACUUUUUAGACUUGGUGUUUUUGAAGACAAGGAAUUCUGUUUAAAAUUUCUUGAAGCUUUGAACAGGCUAGGAUGUUUGAAAACAUUUCUCAAUGCUAAAACUAGAAGUUUCCUUUCAGAAUUUGCCGAGUUCAAAUUUCUCAAUAAUGUUUCCACUGAUAUGGGAGUUCUUGCAUAUUUGGUGUGGAUGAAAGAAGACACAUGUCCGUUAAUAGAAGUUUGUAUAAAAACGAUGUUGUCUCUUGAACUCACAGCAGAGGAAGAGUUUAGCACUUCUUUACUAAUAGCAGUAAAACUCGGGUCGUGUAAGUUGGUUAACUUCCUUAUUGAACAGGGUGCUAAAGUGAAACUUAAUCAUUUGUCACUGGCAAUUGUUACAAGUAACAAAGACGUUUUAGAGCAACUUUUAAAAGAUACUGACAUGUCCUCUAAAAGCAGUAUAUUGUAUAGAGUGUGCAGAGCAGGGUAUGUAGAAGUUGUAACAAAAAUAUUUGAUGACGAAUAUGAUAUGAUACAACUUGAUGAUGUCGAAAGCAAACGCAUAAUUGAAAAUGCUAUUAAAGGAGGACAUGCAGAUCUCUUAAAGGUUCUGUUACAAAAGCUUACACUGAAGACUAAUUUGACAUUCGAUGUCAGGGGAAAUGAAUUGCCACUUUAUCAUUUUGUUGUUUCAAAACAAAAAGAUGAUUUGCUAGAUGUGUUAACUGAUGCAGGAUUUCAGCCGACAAGUGUUGAUAUCCAUGGAAGAACUCCUUUUCUGUAUGCCAUAUAUUCUGGUAAAUCACAAAUUAUGCUAAAGCUUUUUGAGUUAUCUGUGAACGCAAAUGUACAUGAUCUCCCAGACUAUAAGCAAAACACAGCAUUGUAUAUGGCUAUAAAAAAGGUCACAACAAGUUCAGGACCAGAAAGGGACCUUUUUCAUGACAUCGCUUUAAGGUUAUGUCGUUUCAAAGAUAAUAUUCAUCUAAUUAAUAAUAAUGGAAAAGAAACCGCUCUAGAACUUGCAUGCAAAAAGCAAUUGGUUGAAAUAGCUGAUGCAAUUUUACAACAUGGAGAUCCUUUUCAUGAACAAGGAACAACUCUUUUCCAUCAUUUCGUUACAAAAGGCAGUUCGUCGAUGCUAUCGACACUGCUGAAAUGUAACCUUAAUCCAAAUCAGCAUGAUGAAAACCAUAGAACACCAUUUAUGUUAGCAAAUACUUUAGGCAAAAGAUCAAUACUAGAAAUGCUACAGGAAGAUCUAAGAAUAAAAAAAUAUAAUGAAGAAUUAGGCAUAGUGCUAAAUACUUUGAAAACAGUUCAUAUUCCGCUCCGAAAAAUCGAAAUCAGGUCAGAUUCAGAAAACUAGGAGCCGUGAGGUAUGUUACUAACCCAUAUUUAUCUGUUCAAAAACAAUCCUCAAAUGCAAGUAACUAAUGAUAAGAGACUUGAAUCGUUCAAACACAAAUUGUUUAAAUAAAAAAGAAAAACUAAAAUAGAAAUUGUGAUGAAUAACGAUUUUAAAUGAAGAACAUUGACUUUUUAAGAGUAAUACUUUAAUGUAUCAUUGCAAAAAACCCAAACAAUUUUACAAUUCUAACAUAAUGGUUCCAUAACGAGAACUGACACCACGCAUCGUUAUUCAUACUUGCAACUUCUUUUUUCACUAUUAAAACAUAAAAAAUCCAAUCAUACGAACGGCCAUAUAAAUUAUAUUUAGUAUUUUCUGGACCUGCGUUUUGAAUUGUAAAAGACCUUAACACGUAUUAUCAUUUGUACCUUAAAGGGAGAAAUGACACCAGAACAACAGAAAAGUUAGUAAUAUAAAAGUGGAUUUAAUAUCUUAUUGAUAACAUCAUACCCCAUUUUACGACCACGAUAUCAAAUUUUGAUUAAUUGAUAUUUUCCAUUGCAACGAAGAAGGAAAACGCGUUUGAAAAGCGACAAUCGUGCAGACUUUUGUCUGUUUUGCUCUCUUCAUUCCAAAGAAUUUUAUUCAUUUACUGUAGUACAGGAAUAACACGAAACUAUAUAAAAUUAUCCUUCGCUAUUCAGGAUAAUAACCUAUAUUGCCUAGGCCUUUGUAUAUGCACCUUAAUUGCAUUUGGUGAUUUCACAUGACAGAGGUUUAACAUUUCUGCAUAUUUGAAUAAAUCUAGAAGCCAGGAAGAUACCAACAAAAUUCAUGUUUCCAGUUUCACAUUUAUUUUUAAGUUGAAUGAUGCCCUCUCACCGCUCUUUGUAUUACUUUUAGAUAAGCAGCAUUAAAAAGCCAUCUUUUAUCAAUAAAAGCCAUUGUUUUAAA